AUGGAAACGGAAAACACUCACAGGGAGGAAGAGAGAAAUGCGAGCAGCGGAACAUUUUAAGAUUUAGCGUUACCUUUUCUUUUCAUUCAGGAUGGACUCCGAGUACCUGAAGCAGAAACUGGGUAAAUGUUUGGUGGAGGCUCUGGCGGAAGUCGUGGAGCAGAGACCCAUGGACCCCAUCGAGUUUCUCGCUCACUUCAUCUACAAAUACAAAGAAAACAUGGAGUACGCCAAAAAGAAAGCUGCAAAUGAGAAGCAGCUGGAGGAGGAGGUGAAGAAAGCCAGACAGGAGGCCGAGCAUCAGAAACGGCUGAAGGAGGAGGAGUCGCGAUUACAAGCCGCACAGGAGCUCACACAGGAGCAAGUAGCUACACCUCCUCCAGCGCCACUGCAAGAGAGACCCUGGAUGGCGGACCCUCCGAAGAUGGAGGUCCUGAUGGAGGCUGAUGGGACGAACGCCGGAACUGAAGCAGCUCCUCUAGAACCCACCACACUGCCUCAGGAAGAAGAACCAGAAGCACAGACUGAAGCAGAGACAACAGCAGAACCUCCACCAGAUGCGGAGGAUGUAAAGAACGCAGAGACGACGGAUGUGGAGAGAGCGCCCUCUAGAGCUGUAAAUGAGGACACAGAGGCAGCUGAGGAACCUGAGAAUGAGCCCACUCUGAGGGAUUCAGAUGGCUCGAUAGCUCCAGAUGUGGAUGAUACAGUCUCAGAUGACGCAGCAAGACAUCCUGAAGAACCAGUGAGCGAGACAAAUCCGAGUCAAAGCCAAAUGGAAGAGGAGGAUUCAGGUGGAUCGAAUCCUCGAGACGUCGAUGGGACGGUCUCGGUAGACGACUCAAAACAAGCAGAAGAAGAGCAAGCAGGCGAUGACGCAUCACAAACUCUGCUCAAAUCAACAGAGGAAGAACCGGUCAAUCCAGAACCUUCUCUGAUGCUGCAGGACGACGCCGAGCUCAUACACACCGACGUCACCGAAGACCAAUCAGCAGCUCUGAUGGAGAGCGACGCUCCCAGACAGGAAGAGCCCGAGACCCUCACCAACCCGAGCACGCUCAAGGACACGGAGGAAGAUGAAGAAGACUGAAGAUGAGGCAUAUCCUCUCUAGACACGCUUUAUACUAUAUAGGUUUUGUAAUAUAAUAUAUUUGAAGGAUAAGUUUUCUGAAGCAGCAUACGAACGUGUUAUAAUACAUGAAGCCGUUCUCUGUAGCUCAUUUCUCACAAGAUUAAAUAUUGUUUUGCGGGA